AUGAAAUCAAUAACUAAUCCAUCACCAUCAUCAUCAUCGUCAGAAGCAGAAGAAGUGGAACCAAUCCUAUUUAUCAUUCAAGAUGACUGUUAUAAACAUCUUUACAAACGAAGCCAUCAACCCAUGGAAGUGUUUGAAAGACCUCAAAGAUUAAGAUAUGUGAAUUUAGGUUUAUCGAGUACAUUAGCUUGGAUCUCAAAUCAAAAUCAACUUCAAAUCUAUCCAUCAAUCAACAACCAACAUCCAUCCUUGACAAACCUAAUCAUUUCAAAUCAUUUCAUAGUUUCUAAAUCAUCAAAUCGAAUUAAUCUUAAUGAUACUUCAUUCAAUCAAAUCCAUUCUUCAUCAAAAGGACUUGUCUCUUCAUCGCCAUCAACAACAACGACCUCAACCUCUUCAUCUCAAUCAUUAUCAUCUAAAGUUGAUCAAGAAUCUAGUUAUCUAGAUCAACUUAUCAAGCUAUGUCGUCAUACUUCUCAUCAACAUCAACUAGGUCUAUCUGAAGUACCUGAUCAUCUUCCUCAAGGGGACUUGUAUCUUUCGGCAGGUACCGAAUUCGCAGUGCUAGGAGCUAUUGGAGCCUGUUACGAUGCACUAGAUUCAGUCCUCAAACCCAAUCAAACCUCAACUUCAAACCUCCAAAAACCAUCCACUAAAGCUUUCGUGAAUAUUAGACCACCAGGACAUCAUUGUACAGAUACAGAACCUAUGGGAUUUUGUUGGGCCAACAACGUUUUAGUGAGUUGUAUGUAUGCUCAUCUCAAUUAUGCAAUCGACAGGAUAUGUAUUGUAGAUAUAGAUUUACAUCAUGGGAAUGGAAGUCAACAAAUCGUAUGGGAAAUCAAUCAAAGAUCACAAGAAAGCUCAAACUCAUCCAACUCAAAACGAACCUUAAAGAUCAGUUAUAGUUCAUUACAUGAUAUCAAUUCAUAUCCAUGUGAAGAUGGACAAUUAGAUAAGAUUAGAGAAGCUUCAUUGAACCUUUGUGUUGGUAAUUCGAUUCAACAAUUCAUUCAAAAUUUACAUUUAGAAGUUUGGAAGGAUGAAAUCGAUUUCUUUGAUAGAUUGUAUCCUAAGAUUUGGAAUUCAUUUCAAGAUCAUAUGAUUAUGUUUUUUAAAAUCACGGAUGCUAUUGAGGAAAAUAGUUUGAUCUUUGUUAGUGCUGGAUUUGAUGCAUGUGAAUUAGAAACUGAUUCGAUGUCAAGAUAUGGAAUGAAACUACCUACAUCAUUUUAUCAUCGAUUUUCCAAAGAUCUAAGUCAAUUUUCACAAACCUAUACUAAAGGUCGAGUGAUUUCAUUCUUAGAAGGAGGUUAUAGUGAUCAAACUUUAUUAGGUAGUAGUUUAAGUUAUUUAUUAGGUUUGAUUGAUUAUCCAAUCGAUUUUGAAAAAGUUCCAUGGGAAUUAGAUCGAAUUGAAAAGAUAUUAAAAUUAGUGAUUAAAAAACCAAAUCAAGAAAUUGAAGAUGAAAUCGUAUUGAUUGAAAAGAUUAGAGAGAUUUUUAAUUAUUUAGAUGGAUUUGAAAAAUCGAAAAUCGAAAUGAGAUCUGAAAUCAAAAAGAUGGGAAAGAAUAAAAUCGAAAUUGAAUCAUUAGGAAACCCAAGUGAAAGUAUUAGUGGUAAAACAAGAGGUAUGAAAUUGAGAAGUGGUAGAUUAGCUAGUCAUUCAAAGAAUAAAUCAAUAGAAAAAGAUCAAAUUGGUAUUGAUUCAAUGGAAGGAAUGUUUGAGAAAAUGAAGAUUGGAAAAGAAGAUCAAGAUGAAGAGAAAGUUAAAAUUAAAGUAGAAGAAAAGAUUGCACCAAAGGAAGAGAAAAUUGAAAUUAAAGUAGAAGACAAGAUUACACCUAAAAAAGAAAAGAUCUCACCUAAGAAAGAAACAAUCACACCCAAGAAAGAAAAGAUAACACCCAAGAAAGAAGAAGAAAACAAAACUCAAACUCAAAGAUUAAAACUAGUUUGGAAAUCAGAGGGGAUUAAUUAA